AUGGACGCCAAGCAGGCACAAUUGUUUACUUCGUCGGCCGCCUUCUCAGCCUACGCGGCUUCAGUACUCCUGGUUAGCGAUCAGAUCAAAACCCGAGUCCCGGAUCCUUAUAUGGAUGAAAUCUUUCACGUCGAACAGGCAAAAACGUACUGUGCAGGUCAAUGGACAACCUGGAAUAACCUGAUCACCACACCCCCUGGACUAUAUAUCGUUCCCAGUUUACUCCACCAAGCCUCCCCAAAAUGGUUCCUUUGUUCAACCAACCACCUUCGCUGGAUGAAUGCCGCUUUACUUUGUGCAUUCCCACUCCUCAUCAGCCGGAUCCUCUCUCACUUCCGAACCACUCCCUACCCACCGAGACCGGGCGUCAAACCACGCGUAAGGUUCCUGAUCCCCGAGGAUGAAAUCAUCUUGGAAGCCAUCAUCAUCUCUUGUUUCCCAAUAGCAUAUUUUUCUGGCUUUCUAUUUUACACCGAUCUCGGCUCUCUAUUUGCCAUCAUAGCCGCUUACGAUCAAAGUCUCGCCGGUCGCCAUGUGUUGGCUGCUCUGCUAGGGCUAUGGAGUUGUCUCUUUAGACAGACUAAUAUUGCAUGGGUUGCCUUUAUCGCCGGCUCCGCCUUGAUCAGCCAUCUCCGUCAGAUCAGCAGCACCACCCCUCCUACUACUCCGAAAUCUGGACAAGCCAAUAACGUCAAGAAAUCGCACCGUCUAGCCCAGCCCUACGACUUAUCGCUAACGAGCGCUUCUUUACUCGAUUUACCCCGAGCAAUCCGUUCACUGGUUUUGGAGAGCUUGUCCAACCUCUCCAGUACUUUGCCUGUCGUGCUUCCGUAUGCUGGUGUACUGGUUUGCUUCAUUGUUUUCGUUCUAUGGAACGGAGGGAUUGUCUUAGGCGAUAAAUCCAAUCACACCACGGCUUUACACAUACCCCAAUUAUACUAUUUCGCAAGUUUCGCAUUCGCCUUUCUGGCCCCGGUAUCGUUUGACUUGUUUUUGAUCAGAAGGACGCUCAAAAGCCUACUUGGAUCUCCUAGAUCAUUUUUCUUGAGCUCUUGCUUGUUUGUCACAAUUCUGUGGACUAUUCAUAAAUUCACAUACGAGCACCCAUUUCUGCUGUCUGAUAAUAGACAUUACACGUUUCACGUCUGGAGAAGAAUUGUCAAAUUCCAUCGAGUGGUCAAGUAUUUGUUCACGCCGGGCUACAUGAUUUGUAUAAAGAUGCUUUGGGAAAGGAUAGCGCGAUCAUUUACGAUGAAUCUACUGAUCACGACUUUCUAUAUUAUCGCCUUGGCACUCACUUUGAUACCGUCGCCCUUACUCGAGCCGCGUUAUUUCCUUGUCCCUUAUAUCCUACUCAGACUGCAUAUUCGACCAGUCGUAGAGGAAACCAAGACAUGGUCGAUCAGGCUGUUCACAGAGGGCUGUUUAUACGCCCUCGUCAAUCUGAUCACUAUCGCCGUCUUCCUGUUCCGUCCGUUCAAAUCACGGCCAGGUGAAUGGGAAGGUACCUGGCAAAGGUUUAUGUGGUAA